GAUCGGUGAUGUGUGAAAUAAACAUACGGCUGGCGUGUCUAAUUCGAGCAGUACUUUUGUGUGUUGUAUAUUAGUUGAUGAGCAGGCGUCACGGUGUUGGCCAUGCGUAUGGAGGUUUGUUAGCUUAUAGCCGGUCGGACAGAAAUCGUGACUGAAUCGAGCCAGCUUCACUCCAAGUGAUUUUUGUGCCUGAUUGGUCGAGGUUGUUGUAUCAACUGGACCAUUAUAGUUAAAUUUCAAAGGUUACUAUAGCGUUGUAAACUCCCGGGAAAGUUCCGGGAAUCCAUUGUGAGAUUAAUCCUUUCAACUGGCAUCAACACUGCUUAAUAGUUCAGCUUGAUGCCGUCGUUCCUAAUGAUGCAUGCACACCGCUGAUUUGGAUGGCGGGCACGUGAUCGGAAUCACUGAGUGAAUUGUCUCGCGUGGAGGAAUAAUCCUGUGACGCUACUGUUAGACGCAGGGUAGUCGUUGGACAGGAUGGAUGCAUUACUUUCGACCGGCGUUCGCUUUCUACUCCUCGCAGUUCUGGAACUGUCCCUGUUCCGUUCUGUCAUUACAGUUUUGCACAGUGGCCGCAUGGAUGGGUACGCCUUACCACGCCCCUUGACGGGCUGCACAGAGCACUGGGCUGAUUUCAGGGUCCGUCUCAGAUACUCCAACCUUACCCACGAGACGAACAUCUCCGAGGAGUUUCAACUCGCGUUGGACACGCUUGAUGACGACACGGUCCUGUUCGAGUUUUGUGUGCAGAACAAGACGCUGGUGCGCGAGGGCUCGAUCGACGACCAGGUGUUGGACUGGCCUGCCGGCCAGUACUGCAUCCACAGCGUGGGUAAGAUCGCGAGGAAAGACGGCGGAGUGUUCGAGUGGGUGUUGGGAGACUGCCCGCGGGGUUUCAAGUCUGGAGUGACGGCGUUACCCUUCAAGAGCUUCCCAGGCCAACGGAUGGUGGACCCAACCUCGCCCCUCUCCCUCACGUACCCGAACAUAACCCUGGUCCACUACUGCUGCUCAAACACUGGGAACGUCGACACUGCCAUCGAUUUGGGAAUGGUGGCGCCCUUCUACCUGAUGCCCUAUGGAGAGCCGCGCUGUCAAAAGGUGCAAAACAUGGAGUCGGACUUGCAGUUUAUCGAGUGGCCCUUGGCCGAACAGCGGUGGAGCGGGACGCACCCGUACUCAGUUAGAGGAAGGAAAUUCUUUUAUUGCUACUACCAACCUAUGGGGUUGGGAAUGGAACACGACAUAGUUAUUGCUACCUUUUGCGUUGCCAUAGGGACACCCACCUUGACAAUGAUAGUAAUAUGUUUGUGUAAGCUUCGCGCUAAGCUUUCCGCAAGGAGGAAACAUUUUAAAAGGUUUCAAUCUGUCAUGUGACGUGGAUGUCACGUGCCAUGGCUACAGCGCUGUUUCAGCUCAGGUUUGGUGAGGGCGUGCUUAUCCUGUCUGAAAGCUGUCGAUCAUCUCGAUCAGUCUCGCCAUGCAAGAUGAAGACUGAACAAGUUCGAUCGAGGACCACUUGUUGACUGGUGGUCGAGUUGUAACAAAACUCAUGCCCGGUGUACGUCUUUAAACGAUGGGCAAAACGUCAUCACGAAACUAAUUUGUCACGUCUCCCUGCAGUACAUUAGGUUGCGCCCCAGCCUCUGUUGUAACCAUCGAUGUAACCAACCUCGGCACUGCCUCGUCCCCAUUGUGUCGAGCAGUAUUUGCUCCCACUACCUGGUCUCUCUCUACCAGCUACAAUUGGA